GGAUCCACUGCAACCCUGAUAAGGAUAAACCGCAGGGGAGAACUACAUUUCCCAGCAGCCUGUUCGGUGAGGUUUGGGAUUGCAGGUGGAAGGGGUGUCUUUUUUCGGGGGUGCUCUAAUCCAGAGCGGUCCUGUGUGAAAGCUCCAGGUGGAUGGAUUGUCCUCCACACAGGAGUUUGCAGUUAAAGCAGGGAGGUGCGCUGUUAGAUUUCCAUCCGGACAGCAACAGAGGCAAGAGAGAGCGAAAUUCCGCAUCACAUCUGGACAGAGAGGAGACAUCGACUAGCAUCUGAGGCUCCAUGUGAAUAUUCAUGCUGCAGCGCGUUAGCAGCAUCUCCAGGCUGAAAGAGAAGCCUUUUCCCAGGCUGAUGGGAGAAAGACGUGGGAAUGAUUUGAUUUUCCAAGCUAAGCUCAGGCCAUAAAUGUGCAGAAAAGGGGAUCAAGGUGCAUGCAUGAGAAGAUCUGCAAGCAUCUUCUGCAUAUCUGAUGUUGAGCUCCAUCUUUUCAUACUGAGGACAACUGAGGGACUCGUACACAACUAUUACAAAAGCUUAUUGGAUCAUUCACAAGAAGGGAGCAGCACCUGAACACCUACGCACAGCCUGAUCAGAGAGCACUCAGACUAUAACAGGUGCAGAAGAGGGAUUUUCGAGCAUUAAGUGGACAUCGGCAAGAGGACGUUGAAAGACCUGGCAGAGAGAGAGAAUGCCACUGUCGACAGACAGCAAAAUCGUGGCCAUUGUCCUUUAAUUAGGCGACAAAAACAGGAAAGUCACAUGACCCUGUCUUUCAGAAGAACCCACCAUAAUUGCUAAAGAAUGGCAAAGGAAAUGUAAAAAAUCCAGAUUUAAUGCUAUCUAGAUUCAGUAGUACAAUGUGGUCAGCUGAGGGGCAGAGAGUGUCUUGUCUUUUUUGUGAUCCAGUCACUCAACAGUUGCCUCGGUGCUCCGUGCAGAUAAUUCCUUCGUAAGCCCGUUUGAGGUUGCGAAAUCUUUUCGGCAAAGCCCUUGCAAAUCUCCUUUGUGUCAUUAGGGAUUUGUAGUUUUGAUUGCUUUUGUUGUCGCUCUUCUUUUUUCAUGAUAUAGAGUGGACUCUGAGUCUGGCAGCCUUUUUUUUUUUGAACAGUCCAUGCAUCUCAGAAAGUCAUAGCACCCCAACAUCUGGCAGACAGCCUGAGUGUGGACCUAUUGCAGACAGAGUGCAGUUCAAUGCGUGCUGUGCCGUCCCCAAGACACACUCUCCAGUCAUGCAUGGUGACUGCCAAGACACUGCGGUGAUCUGUGUAUAGCUGCCACUCAGGUUACUGUCAGAACUCGGCUAGCAGGAAAGAACGACCAUGAACCUGAGACUGCACAUGUUCAUAUCAGAAGACCCUUUCCACUGAAGAAAGACAAGAAAUAGAGUGAGGGAGGGAAAAUCCAGGAUGACUCUAAAGUCUAAUUGUAUAGGAAAAGUCCACCCAUUUUCUUCAGAGACUGGUGGAAUUUACCACAACACAGUGGCUCGCUAGGGCAGGAGCAAGCAGGCUUACCCUAUACACACCACACACACAUACAAUUGUACACAUAGCAGGCGUGGGUGACAGGCUUCGCUUAUCUAAAGCUGAAAUGUCAAAUCCACAGAGGCUUGUUUCAUCAGACUGUCGCUGCAGGGAGAAUCAGACAAUGCAGACACCCACUGAGUAGACUUUGUGACGAUUUGAACAGGUGUAUGUUUUGAGCCAAGCGAUGAGAGGAUGAGAGUGAGGCAGAUCUGAGCUGAGUGGGUGAGAGUGAGAGAGAGCGAGUGAGAUAAGUGUUUGACCCACAGACAGACCGAGAGAGCUCUGUUUCUGUCUGUCAAGCUGUUUGUGUGUGUGUGUCAGCUGGCGUGCUGACGGGCACUGAGGGCAGGCUGGGCACGGUGGCAGGAGUCGGUGCAUGGCUGUGGGGGGGUCGUGCGGCGUGCGCUCCUCAGCAGCGAGAGAGCCGCUGGGGGUCAGGCUUUGGCUGGGCUCGGACCCAGAGGCCCUGGGGGCCCAGCGGGGGGCCACCUGAGCGGUGUUCUCGGACAGCAUCAGGGGGCAUGCGCUGCUCUCUGCGCUUGUGGGUGCUGCUGGCAUCGUUGGCCCUCCUCUUCCUCACCUCCCUGCUCUUUUCAUUCUCACUGAGGGGAGGCCCUGGCCUGCCCUACCUGGAGUCUCCUGGGUGGGAAGAGUCAAGGCAGGUGAAGCUGGUGCCUAACUAUGCCGGCUCCCACAAGCUGGUUUCUGCUGAGGGCAACCAGCAGAAGACAUGUGCCUGUAACCACUGCGUGGGCGACCCGGGCGUCUCAGAUUGGUUUGAUGAGAAUUAUGAGCCGGAUAUCUCGCCCGUGUGGACGCGGGACAACAUCCGGCUGCCUUCAGAUGUCUACUACUGGUGGGUGAUGUUGCAGCCUCAGUUUAAGCCCCACAGAAUCCAACAGGUGCUGCUGAGGCUCUUCCAGGUGAUCCCUGGACACGUGCCGUAUGGCUCGUGGGACCCCGCUCGCUGCUUACGCUGUGCUGUGGUGGGCAACUCGGGCAACCUACGUGGGGCAGGCUAUGGCUCGGUGAUCGACAGCCACACCUACAUCAUGAGAAUAAACCUGGCACCCACUGUGGGCUAUGAAGAGGACGUGGGCAGCCACACCACCCACCAUUUCAUGUACCCAGAAAGUGCCAAGAACCUGGCUGCCAACGUCAGCUUCGUUCUGGUGCCCUUCAAGACUCUGGACCUGCUGUGGAUCACCAGCGCCCUCUCUACUGGGCAAAUCCGCUUCACCUAUGCUCCAGUAAAGCAGUUUCUGCGUGUGGACAAGGACAAGGUUCAGAUCUUCAAUCCGGCAUUUUUCAAGUACAUCCAUGACCACUGGACACGGCACCACGGCCGCUACCCCUCCACAGGCAUGCUGGUCCUCUUCUUUGCCCUGCAUGUGUGUGAUGAGGUGAAUGUAUUCGGCUUUGGGGCAGACAGCCGGGGGAACUGGCACCACUACUGGGAGCAGAACCGCUACUCUGGAGAGUUCCGUAAAACAGGUGUUCAUGACGCGGAUUACGAGGCCCAGAUCAUAGAGCACCUGGCCAAAGCUCGCAAGAUCACCGUCUUUCCCGGGAAGUGACAACCUAUAGCAGGUGUGCAGGGAAGGAGCCACUGAUGAACCAACCACACAAGCCCUGCUCCUGCUCUCUUUCUUUUAUACUCAUAUACUGCGCCUGCUAGUGGUGUCGCAUCAGAAACUGUCCUGAGAGAUGAACCCCUUUUAUUGGUGGUUAUUUCCAGGCCUACCCCAACCUGGACAAGGAACUGAUUGAAUGAGGAACACUGGUAUUGACAUUCUCCUUAUCCACUCCAGGCGUUUUUAUAGUACUGCAUAAACUUCACACAAGAAAGUAUCUAACUGACCUUGAUGGUUGUCAAUUAGCCGACUAAUUCCCGCCUCUUGCGUGUGCUCAGCCAAUGAUCAAGGUAAUAGAAGUUCAAUGACUUUAUGGUUUAUGAGAUAAUUACUGGCUUGAGCAGAUCCAGACUGUGUUAAUCAUGCCACCCUGCAUGAUCACUGCAAGUGCCAGUUUACAUGCUCUUACAGAAAAAUGGAGCAUUUUUAUGUUGUAUUAUAUCUUUUACGGUUAAAUUUUAUCAUGUUGACUCUACAUCACUGUGCUCUCACAGCCAUUUGAACAGAUGUUAGUCACCGUCAUCAUGUGUUUAAUUAUUUUAAAGAGUAAUUACCACAAACAGCUGAUUGUAAAGUGAAAUUCUCAGCGCCUUCAGAUUAUUUGUUGAACAGAAACCACUUAUUUACUCCAAUGUACCAAUCAGUGUUUAGACGUAUAUUUGUAAAGCACAUUUUAAGCAGUGUUACUCGUUUUUGUAUUGUCUGCAGAGGUAGAGCUGAAAUGUCUCUUUACUAGAGCCGAUAUGUUUAAUAACAAAGAUAAUGAAGUGUUAUCUGCACACCAGGAACAAAAACGUGUUUUCUCUGACCACUGAGGAACUUGUAGCUAGAUGGUUUGGAGACUGGAGACAUCAGUGUGUGCCACAUUAGCUGAGGUUAAACUCAGCCUUCAUGUCGAAUCCUGUUCAUUGGGAUUAACCCAUGUUUCAGUGCAAUUAGGUGUUUAUGAGAAUCAUAGGAAAAUGUUCCUGCAAAUAGUUCUGUAAAUUGAAUGAAGUUUUUUUUUUUAUAGUCAGUCUUUAUUUUUCACCAUCUGUUCUGUGUAGAGCAGUGCUCUGUGGAAAAAAGUUUCAGGGUGCUCCAUACUUCCUGCUUUGGCUUAGUCCAUGGUUUCAUGUUCAGGUACAGUAAACCCAUUUUUUGAAAUGUAGACCUAAACAGAUGCUUGUGUGCCUUGUCCUUGCUGUGGAGACAUCCUCCUUGCAGUGAAACAAAAAAAAAGUGUAGUCACAGACUGAGCAAGUCUUCUUACUGUGCAUUUUUAGCCCACCUGCUCUUCAUCACAUACACACAAACACCUGUGAUGUCAUUUGAACCCUCUUACUAUGCUUUUUUUUAAUGCACACUCACAUAUUUUGCAGUAUUGGCUUUGUGAUCACACUUCCAACAAGCCUUUUACACUCCCGUCUCUAAAAUCUGUCACUGCUGAGCACUGUGCCUUCAGGACCAGGCUGAACUUUCUCACACCCACAGUCCUCUCACCUCUGCCAUCUUUGUUUUCUUUCCAUCUGCUCCUAACCGCCGAUAAUUCCUCAUACAAACACUGUCUGAAGAGGAAACCAUCAUCGUAGCUGACGACUGUAGAAACCCAGACAUUUGAUGCUUGCGAGACCAUGCAUUAAUGUAGAUUUAAGGGUUGAGGCAGCAGUGUUAAUGUAGGAAUAACUGAUUUAUGAAUACGCAGAUGUUUACUCCCCUUCUCCAGGUGGAAAUAUUCCUUUAAAACAAUGUGCAAUUCAUCACCAAAGAGCCCCAUGAACAAACCUUUUCCAGAAAAGCCCAUUUUUAAUGAAAACAUCAGGCCUCAAAGGCCAAAAGCCUGUCUAAGACCAUAACAAACACUAAAAAGACAAUGCUUGUGAGAUUAUGAGGGUUUACAUUUCUGGUGGUCUGACAGAAACAAAUUGUCCCUCUCAAUUGUAGUGCACUUUCAACCCGAGUCAGUCUGACUUGUUUGGAGCAUUAACCCGCAUCUGUGGUACUGUUUGUGUUUUUAAACCUCCCACUCUCUCAUUAUCUUCAUGUCCAUGACCUAUAGAUCUGUGCCUGGCUCCUUCACUGAGGAGUUUCCCUUCUUUUCACUGUUGGGGUUACAACGUUAGAUGCAGCUAGUUUGAAAGAAUGAGGUUUUGUAUUACAGAUCAUUGUGAUUUUGGGAGUGAAAGCCCCACUGUCCUAACGUUUAUACUGACCUGACUCCAUCAUUGACGUGUUUGACCUAAAGCCUUUCAAAUGAACCACUGACAACACACACUGUAUAUAUCCGCCUGGUAUUUUAUUGCGCUUCUUAAUAGAAUGCCAACGUGUUAAUGGUGUCGUGAAAGUCAUCGGGUCAGUGCUCUCACUCUCUUUCCUUUUCCAACCUCCUGUGUAUGUGUAAUUAUGGACUGUUUUUAUCUUAUGCUAUUGUAACAAAUAAAUGCAUAUAAUAAACA